AUGUUUGGAAAAGUUAUAGAACGCGUUCUUUUUGGGGCAGUCAUUGCGUACAUUGCUUUUAAUAUUUGGACAUUUUAUGAAGUCUUUUCGCCGGCUGAAUGCAGUGAUACCAAAUCAUGUGUUUUUCCGGGAUGGUCGACCAGUGACAAAAUUACGGUAUGUUCCUUACCUUUGAAAAAUGACGCUCACCAAAAUCUACAUGAGUCAGCAAUUCAUUGGUUAUCAGAGUUGCAAGUUUUUUUGCUGAAGAGUCCUGUUUCAUUCCCAUUAAAUGGCAUUCCACGGGAGAUUUUACCCCAUUUUCGAGUGACGUAUGACCGAUCAAGCUUUGUCUACCCUCCCCUCAUUCACGUAAACCCACAACUGCAGCCAGCAUCUGAUUGGGUUGAGUUGCCAGACAUUCCACCCGGAGAGCUCAAUUUUACUGUUCAAUUUAUGCCUCUCUCCAUUGGCAAGUUCCGACUGAGAUGUAUGCUUGAACAGACUGCAGAGUACCUUAAAAAUAUGGGUAUCAAGGACAAAGACGUUGAGGAUAUACGGGGAAUUUUUACCGAUACUAACCUUUAUUUGCUGUUGGCAACAGUUGUGGUAUCAAUCUUACAUCUGUUUUUCGACUUUCUUGCCUUCAAAAAUGACAUUCAAUUUUGGAAAAACACAAAGAAUACUGCCGGGAUUUCCAUACGUACAAUAAUCUGGCGAUGUCUUAGUACAACCAUAAUCUUCCUUUAUCUCUACGACGAAAAGAGCAGUUUGCUGAUAGUUGUGCCUGCUGGCAUAUCAAUGGUAAUUGAGUUUUGGAAGCUCUGUCGCAUGGCCAAGAUCUCUUUCAGUUUACGCGGCGGCGUCUCCGUGGGUAAUCGCAGUGAAAAGGAACUGGAAACUGACAAACUAGAUGCUCGGUUCAUGCGACGUCUCAUGUAUCUCAUUGUACCGUUGUGCUUCACCGGAGCCAUUUAUUCUCUGAUAUAUAUGCCGCAUCGUAGCUGGCGCUCUUGGGUUCUUCAAACAGCUGUUAAUGGAGUUUAUGCUUUCGGCUUCCUCCUCAUGACUCCUCAGUUAUUCAUCAAUUACCAACUCAAAUCUGUGGCCAACUUACCAUGGCGUGCACUCACAUAUAAGGCUUUUAAUACCUUCAUCGAUGACUUCUUUGCUUUCAUCAUUAAAAUGCCAACUGCACACAGGGUGGCUUGCUUUCGUGAUGAUAUUAUAUUCGUCAUAUACAUGUAUCAAAGGUGCUCGAUUUUAUUUUAUACAAACAUCACUCGUAGGGGUUACUUUGGUUUUGAACUCUAG